CCCUCCUGUUGAGUCUGCACAGUGAGUUUUCCAAGGACACAGCAACAUCACUGCAUGCUGUGUCUGAUUGUGACUCUGUGACUCUGUGAACGUGUGUUUGUGUUGUCUCUGCUGCGGGACCUUCUGAGCAUGGAGCCCAUCGGCCUGAGCUGCCAGGUGUGUCUCAGAAAACACCCGAAGGUCUCAGCUUUCAAGAAACAUGUACAAACAAUAGAGCAUCGAAAGAAAAUGGAGGAGUUAUUCUCAAAUGAUCAGCUCAGUGGUCAUGGCUUCUUUCCCAACAUUGUUUUCAUUAAUCCAAAUGUCAAAUAUGACAACAAAACACAAAGCAUAGGCUUGUGUCUCCUGACUCUGGUUUACAGUUCAGCGACUCGGACCUACUUUUACCUGUGCCAUGUCUGUGAAGAGAAGCGCCCGUCAGAAAAUAUUUUACACCACCUUUCAUCUCGUGACCAUUGUAGUAACUACAUUAGCUACAUAGACCCCAAUCUACUGAGUUUCUCCUGGAUGCCCAGAUCGGACAUGAGAGUUUUUCUGAGGCCUGAGAUCACGAAGGAAGUCAAGGAAACACGAAACACCCUACAGGUUCUGGAUUUGCCUGCAGAUCUAAUGAAAACGAUUGACAAGGGCACAUACUCUGAAGUGAUGCACACUCUCAUAGAAAAUGAUAAGCUUCUCAAGCUGCUUGAAGUUGUCAAGCCAAAGCGGACCAUGAUCCAAGAAUACCAAAGAGACGGCAACAGAAAACAUCCACUUCUUGGCAUGCAGCACAUUGUUGAAUGCAUUUGUGCUGGAGUGUACGAGAAGAGAUACUACCUCUGCACCCUCUGCAAACUAACCAUGGGCAUCCGCGCAAUCAUCAGACAUGUCCUGAGUUUUGACCACAUCUUCUCUUACUUUGGAGAGAGAGGCGGUGGUCUAGUGGCAGAAACUUGGACUAUGGGCAGAGAAGGUCUCUGGUUCGUCUCUGGUUCGACUGCACGGAGAGACAACAAAAGACGAACCUGGAUUGAUCUGUCCAAAAAUCCAAGAGUCACCCUACCCUGUCUAGUGCCCCUGAGCAAGGCACCUUACUCCCCCAACAUCUGCUCCCCGAGCGCCGUACAUGGUCGCUCACUGCUCUGUGUGUCCUGCACCAGAUGGGUCAAAAGCAGAGAUUAAAUUUCCCUACCUGCAUGAGUGUUCCUUUGCAUGUCUGUGCAUGUGUUUGGGACUAAUAAAUGCAUCUUAAUCUUAAUCUUAAUCAUCAGAGCUGAAGGCGAUCCAAGUUGAGCGGUUGUAGCGGCCGGCUAAUGAGGAUUUAAAUAUUUGAUAUACUGAGGAGAUAAGAAAUGAUCACAUGUUUAAGCAUGCAGCCCUUGUCUUCGGAUUCUCAGAAAUUCCUCCAUGAGUUUCUUGUUAGUUCUCUCCCCCGAAGGAAUGAUCUCUGACCUGUUAAUGGAUGAGUGUAGAACAUGAGACCUCAUCUUAAGGCAUGAUCCUUACUGAUUCAUGAAUUCAUCUUUUCAUUUACAAUUAUACGCUCAGACUCAUGUCCUUCUAAACCAAGGGAUGUGGGACGUUGUUUUGCCUCGGGUCAUGGGCGUAGGCCAGUGCUUCUUUUUCGCUGAGUACCUCCUAACCAUCGCAAAGCAUCUUUGGUUGAAAAAAGAUGUAAAACACAGUGCUGUGCCGUUAGUGUCUGAUUUAUUAAACUUUUUAACAAGACCAUUUCCAAUUACAACUUCAUCAAAGUGCAUAACAAUGCUCAUUUGUAGUGGUCUCUCUUGAACAAUUUGGAAAUAAAAGAUAUAAAGAUAACUAAAGACGUGUUUUUAAUGUCUGACUAAUAAAGUCCAGUACUGUACAUAUUUAAUCUGUUCAGAAAGCGUGGCACCCCUCUACUUUGAUGGCAAAGGAAAGCUACAGAUACUGCAAGGCCUUCUCCUGCACAAUGCUUAAUUUUGCAAAGCAGACAGAAGAAAUCCAUGGAGCUUCAAGCACUGAUAUGAAGCAAGUGAACCUGGAGCCUGCUGAAUUUAUCUCAGUGAAUUUCAAGUCAUAUGCAGAAGCUUUGAAGAAACUGGAAUCCAUCAUGAAGGGAAGAGAAGGUGGCAGCUUGGUUGCAACCAUCCACCCAGGGAAGAAGCUAACAUUUUGGACAAAGCACUCCAGUGUGCCGGCCAGUGUGCCAGUCAAGGGGACAGUCAUGCAGCCGGUCAUGCAGCCGGUCAUGCAGCCAGUCAAGCAGCCAGUCAAGCAGCCAGUCAU